AGAGAAAAAAGAGAAAAUAAUAUUUCUCCAAAAUACUUUUAAAAAACCACUUUCAACUGAAAGAUGAUCAAUGAAUGAUUUUAGAAGAGAAUGCCACGGUUUUUAAUUUCAGAAAAAUGUGCGGGGACGAAUGUUGACGAAGACUCUCUGUUUACUAGUUGCAAGUGUGUGUAGAGGACAGUUGAUUGAAGUUGGAAUUGGAGUAAACAGUUUACACAACUAUAUCAGAGGACUCCUCCGUCCAGAAUAUUUUCAGGUUUGUAAGAUGCAUAUCAAGGCUAGGACAAGUAUAUACCCGGUUCGGAUGAAUGAGGACACGGUUGUAACAAGGACAUCGGUUCCUGAGGACAAGGUUAACUGGAGUGAGGUUUGGGAAGAUUAUAAACCUGUAGAGUUCACAGCUCCCUUUGUGCUAACCGCCACAUGGGCGGAUCCACCCCUAGGGACUCCAGGAUUUGAUCCAAAAUGGAACAGUGUGGAUGGGAAAGUAAACAGGAAAAGUUUUAAUGGCGAAUACAGUGUUGUGGAUGGGGCUCCUAGAAACCCUGAAGGAAGAACAGGAAUUCAGGGUCGAGGUGUGUUAGGAAGAUGGGGUCCCAAUCAUGCUGCCGAUCCAAUAGUCACUCGUUGGAGAAGGAAUAAGGAAGGAGUGGUGGAAAUAAACCAGAGUACUGGGAGGAAAAUCCUCGAGUUUGUCAGCAUUGAAAGAAAAGAUGGCGGCGGUUGGGCUAUUCCAGGAGGGAUGGUAGAUCCUGGAGAAACAGUGUCGGCUACACUUAAAAGAGAAUUUAUGGAGGAAGCUAUGGACUCUACCACUAAAAACGAAGAAGAGAAUGCAAAGAAUGCAAAGAUGUUGGAUGAAUAUUUCUUAAAUGGAGAAGAAAUAUAUAAAGGAUAUGUUGACGAUCCAAGGAAUACAGAUAACGCGUGGAUGGAAACUGUAGCGGUCAACUUUCACGAUGAUACAGGGGAGAAGGUUGGGAGAUGGCAACUCAAGGCUGGGGAUGAUGCAAAGAGCCUUGAAUGGAAACCUAUAAGUGGAAUGAUAACUUUGUACGCUAGUCAUAAGGAUUUUAUCCAGAAAACUGCAGAAAAGCUGGAAGCGCAUUGGUAAAUCAUUGUAAUUAAGAAUAAAAUGGCUGAUUUAGUUACAAAAUGGCGUUAGCUAGAAAUUCAGCUGAUUUUAUGAACACAAUGGCGCCAAUCAGAAAGACAGCUGAUUAAAGGAACAAAAUGGCGAAGUGGCUACAAUACUCUAUUGAAGUACAAUCACAGUAGUUUGGAAAUCCUGAUAAAUCAAUCUUCAUCAUUUCUUGUGCAUUUCUUAUGAUUAAACACUUAAAAUACCAUGUUUUCAAGUUUCUUGCACGCACAAUUAUUAAAAUUUUUUGAUUAAUGGUUGCAUAUUAAUUUUAAUAACUUUUUAUCUCUUAUUGUAACAUUAGUUAUGUUCACAUUUUAGUUAUAAUAAGAUUUUAAAUAUUGACAUUUGUUCCGUCCAUUAGAUACUAUCUGUGAUUUGUCUGAUUUUAUUAUAUUUGUUUUGAUUUUUCAAACGACAUAAAGACGAUUAGACCUAGAAUUUUCA